AUGUGCAAUCAACACCUUGGCCCACAGCGCCGCCUUCGCCACAGCGUGUCCCUUGCAUACCUACCAAACGUCUACAUCACGUGGCAGAGACGCAGCGCCACUCGCCGAUUCCUCUCGGUGACCGGCUCAAGCGACACGGCAAUCGCUUCGGCUCCGUAUGCCACUACGGCCUCGUUGCCGCCACCGCACUGCACCUCCCACUCGCCGUACUGCGCAGGCGCACCCAAAGCAUUACUAGUGUUGUGGCAGCAGGGCCACUACAGUAAGGCACUGCGACGCCUGGCCCGCGGAGCGCCAACAGUUUCACGCUUCAGACACACGCCAGCGCGAGGUAAAGGCGGUUACAGUCACCUCCACACGCAUCAACCAAGCUUGGCAGCAGAACAUGCAAUGUGUAAAGCAACUCAUCCAAUGUGUCGCUUGCAACUUCGCAGCGCAUGUGCACCGUUGGCAGCAAGACGGGCACCUCAAGCGCACGUGUCAGACACGGAGCCCCGCCCUGCGGCGCCCGCAGCGUCGCCGCACUGCCGUGAGGCGACAUGGCAAGUGGCUCCCGCGGCACGGCGUCUCACACACGCCGGCAGGCGGUGUGCGCCACUUACCUCAGCACCCGCCCGUCCACCAUGCCCUCUUCACCACUAUCCACCAACCGUCAACCCCGCCCUCUCUUUCUCUUUUACAUGUUAA